GGAGGCUCUGGGAGGUGAGGGGCGGUUUUUCCCACCGCUGUACAUCAAUUAGUCGGUGCGUCCGCCGCUGUCACCCUCCCAGACCUCGGAAAGUACGAUCGCCCACGUCGGGGGCGGUUCUCGAAGGUACAGUGAGCCGGGCCCCGUCCCCUACCGUCCGGGAGCUCCCUAGAACAGCCGGUGCGCGGGGGCGGGGACGGGAGUAGAGGAAACUUCGGGGGCCUUGGACCGCAGGAAGAGGAGCCUGGGGGACGGCGACGCCCGGCCCCGCCUCGAGCCCCGGGCCGGCCGCGCCGCACGCGCGGGUACCCUUCGCGUUUUCUGCACGGACAGACGGCCGAGCGGCAGUAGUUCUGCGGGUCUCCCCGCCCUCCGCACCUCCCGUCGUGGGAAAGUCGCCCGCGCCCCCUUGCCCCCAUCUCCCCUGGGACCGGCCUCGCCGGGCUCGCCCCCUGCCGCUUCGCCGCCCCGGGGAAUGUGUGUGUCGCCGGCGCCGGGCGUCUCUCGGUGUCUGGGCUUCGCCUACUUGCUCGCCGGCUCGGUCUCUGGAGGGGCCACGACGCUCCCCGGCCGGGCGCCCCCCAUGGCAGCCAAGUGGUUCAAGGAGUUACCGCUGACGCUGAAAACGGUGUCGGAACGGGCGAAGCCGGGCGGCGGCGGCGGCGGCGGCGGAGGAGGAGGAGGAGGAGGAGGAGGAGGAGGGGGCGCGGGAGGAGGGGGCGGCCUGGCCAGCAAACUACGCAAGAACUCCGAAGCUGGCGGCCCCGGCCUGCCCCCGCCGUCCGGCAAGAGCCGCAAAAACUCGGCCGCCGAGCUGGGCAGCUGCAAGGCGGCCGGCUCCGGCCCGGCCAAGGACAGCCGGCUGUCCCGCGACAGCAUCCAAGGGAUGCUCCAGGCGGCUGCGGGCAAGAGCCGCAAGAACUCCCGCGCCGCCGCCGCCGCCUCCCCAGAGGAGGAGCAGCUCCGCGGCUCGGCCAAGAGCACCGGCUGCAGCACCUACAUCAACCGGCUCAUCAAGGUGGACACCCAGGAGAAGAACGGCAAAAGCUAUUCCAGCUCCACCUCCAGCUCCAGCUCCAGCUCCAGCACUUCCUCCUCCCCCUCUUCCCUGGGACCCGAACUGGACAAAGGCAAGGGGGUCAAGCAGCAAGACACGGUGAUCAUUUUAGAAGACUAUGCUGAUCCCUAUGAUGCCAAACGUACAAAGGGUCAAAGGGAUGCAGAAAGAGUAGGGGAGAAUGAUGGCUACAUGGAACCAUAUGAUGCCCAGCAGAUGAUAACAGAAAUAAGGCGAAGAGGUUCUAAAGACCCCUUGGUGAAGGCUAUUCAACUGCUUGACAGCCCCUGUGAGUCAGGGGAAAAUGGCACUAAAUCAGAGACUUUAGCUAAAAGACGGAGUUCCAAAGACCUUCUGGGCAAACCCCCACAGCUGUAUGAUACUCCGUAUGAACCUGGAGAAGGAGGACCCAAACCAGAUGUACAGAUGGGCACCAUACAAGAAAGGAAGAUACGUUCCCCAGACAGCAGGCUUCCUGAAAAUGAUGAGCGACCAGCAGGAGAGUAUGAACAGCCGUGGGAAUGGAAAAAAGAACAGAUAGUGAAAGCUUUGUCAGUCCAGUUUGAGGGAUCGGAGCGACCUUCCAUCAAGGAAGAAACAUUGCGGCAUCACCACAGGCAGAAGAGCUGGACUCAGAAGAUCCUGAAACCAACCCUUUCUGAUCACAGUGAAGGGGAGAGAGUGGACCCAGCCAUUUGCCUGGAGAAGCAGCCUUGGUAUCACGGAGUCAUCACCCGGGCAGAGGCGGAGAGUCGGCUCCAACCCUGUAAAGAAGCCAGUUACCUGGUGCGCAACAGUGAGUCUGGGAACAGUAGAUACUCUAUUGCACUAAAGACCAGUCAAGGAUGUGUUCACAUUAUCGUGGCCCAGACUAAAGACAACAAGUAUACUCUCGAUCAAACAAGUGCUGUAUUUGACAGCAUCCCAGAGGUGGUGCAUUACUAUUCCAAUGAGAAGUUACCUUUCAAGGGGGCAGAACACAUGACCCUCCUCUACCCUGUCCACAGCAGACUACACUAACUCCACCAGUGAGGCACCUUGCCUCCCCAGCUACAGGGGCAUAAACCCGACCCUGAGCCGGGCUUGACCUUUUCUCAGUUAUUGGUGUCUACUUUCUACAGGAAUAUUCAGGGGAGUAAAAGUCUUCAUUUAAAAAAAAAAAGAAUAAAUUGUUUGCCCCAGAUCCAGUCCUCAGUACCUGCUUUCUUCACUGAAGAGGAGAACAGUAUCUACACUAAAUAACACUUCCUCAGAAAGGAUAAGUAGAGACCCCAGCACAAAGGAAGAAGCAACAUCUGCCCAGUUGUGAGCACAGCCAAAGAAAGGCACCUAUCACCAACCAAAGUACCCAGUCUUUAAAGCAUCAUUUUGUGGUAUAGCCCUUCUGUCCUUGUGGAGGAACCAGCCAGAAAAGGACAGGCUACUUGAAUGCAUACUUCACCAUGGGAUGGACCUUUGGGAACAGAGAAACAAUGCAGAAUAAGAAUUGGCUGCUAACACUGGAAAAGGGGUCCUCAAAGGAAGUUUUCUGAUAGGUUGUAAUUCAAGGAGAACUCCAAACUUGAAAGAAAGUUCAAUAAUAGGUUUCUUUGGCAAUUAGGAUCCCAUCCCCCUCUACCUUCCACUAACAGAGUUUUUGCUCGAGACUGUGUUUUCAAACCUGGCAUCUGCUUCAUGUGUGUAUAACUGAGGAAAGGGGUGGGAAUCACCCCAGGUCUUAAUUGCUCUUGUCAUUAAGCAUUAUUGGCAUUGUUCUGAAAUUGUAGAAUAAAAUAAGCAGCCAGAGGCUUGUUAUUGAUGGAAAAAUUUAAAAAAAAUUUUUUUAAGUAGCCAAAUACUAUUUUUUAAAUGGAUAAUUUGUGAGUCUUUGCCUUAUUGGGGAAAAGCCUAUUGUUAUGGGAUUUUUGUGAUUUGGGACAACUCGGGUAGAUUUGUUUUACAAAAGUAGUACUUUGGGAUUUAACAGUAUAAGCUAAAUUGCUUUGAGAUGUUUUGUUUUUAAGAGUUUGCCACUCUGCGUCUGUCAGAUUGAAUUGUAGUCUGCCAUGGUAUUUUAUAAUAAUUUUGGUUGCAUGUGUGUCUUUAACCUCAUAACAGAUUUUCUAUAAAUUUUAUUUCUCAUGCUCUUAAAUAAGGUUUUUGUGUUAUCUUUAUAAUAAGCCAUAAACUUAUAUUGCCAAUUUAUUUACUGUGAGGAAAACAUGGGGAUAACAGACUUACUGUGAGAAGAAUAAUAUUAUGGUAAGAGGCUCUAUAAUUGAAGCUGAGCAGCUGUUUCUGUAUUCUGGGGUUUACAGUUUAUUCAUAAAAGUGUUCUAGGUGCCUGCAAAAAGAUGCAAUGAAAAGUUGAUUUUUAUAGCAUGGGAAUUUUUUUUUGUCUGUUUGAAAGACCAGAAAAAAUAUAAAUUUGGAUUCAUUUUGAGGUAGGAAUAUCUCUGCAGCCACCAGUUAUCAUUUUUCUAUUGUUAACAUUUCACUUCAUAUACACAUUUUGGGCAAAGGGGCUCUAUAUGUAUACCCUUGCUUUUAAAAUUCUAAAGGAAUCUUUUGAAUAAUUCUUGUUUGUGUUGGUAAUCUUAUAAUUUUUUUUAAAGCAUAGAUCAGAACCUUUAAAAAUGGGCUACUUGUAAGACCUCCACAGGUCACAAUUACAUUAUGUUCCAUUUUAUCUAAGACCUUAUUCUCUAGUUAUUCCCUAAAUGGGAUCCGAUGAAAUGUCCUAAUUUUAACAAACGCCAAAUCAUUUACAAAAGUUUACUUUGUACACUAAAUGACUUAAAAACUUGGCACUACCAACUACUGUGAUGAAUACAGAAGUAACAUUUUAAGGUAUAAAUGAUAAAUAAAUCAGGUAUUUAGCUAAGCACUUAUAUUCCCAGCACUGUUCUUUUUCUGGACUUUUAUGCAUUAUGCUGUUGCUGUUCAGUUGUUUGUCAUGUCCGACUCUCUGUGACCCCAUUUGGGGUUUUCUUGGCAAAGAUACUAGAGUGGUUUGCCAUUUUCUUGUGAUGUCUGUGUAAUACACUACACUCGUUUAUAAAAAGCCAGAAGGAAAAAUGUUAUUGUAAAAAGUGAUUUUUCUGUCUCGGGUGACUGACAAGAGAGUAGCCUAUGGAAUAUGGUGACAAACCAAAAAGUAGAGUAAAUUGGGGGAUGGGAGUUAAUCUGCUAUUAAGAUUGUGACAAAAGCCUGAGAAUUCACAGCUGGGGUAGUGACACAAAGUACCAUAUGUUCUAAAAACAAUUAGGCACAGCAGGGUGUCACCUAAUGGCUUCCUUGUUAAGCUGCCUGGGCCAGCUGAUCUAAAGCUGUAUAAAAGCUAGAUAUUUAUUGGAAGCUGGGAAAGUUGGUAGGUUUGAUCAGUUUGUCUCAAAAUCACCCAUCUUAUAGCUUUAUUUAUGUGAAUUAAAUUAUUUCCAGUAAGGGAAACAAUUUGGGGUGUCAGGGUGUUUGGGAAGAGACAAUAUUGUCAUUUAGAACAUCCAUCUCUCAUAAUGUUUUAGAGAUCAACCAGACUUUCUUAUUUUAUGACUGAGGAAACUAAGGCUCACAGACUGUGACUUAUCUAAGAUCAUAACGCUAGUUGGAAGUUAACAUAGCAACUAAAAUCCCAGAACUGGGGAAAAAAAAUCUGCUUUCCUGGCAUCUCUCUGCAUUUCCUUGCACCCCACUGUCUCUAGGAUUUGAAUACUACUUCUUUCCCCAUCUUUCCCUUUAUCUUCUUUCCAGGUUGAAAGCUUAUACUUGGGUUGAUUGUUUUAAAAGAGUGUGUUUCUAAGAAACCUGGAACAGUUAGCUGAAUAUUAUUUACAAGCAAUACUUCAAAAGUUAGGAUAGGGAACGAUGGAGAACAAUAAAAACAAAAUGUGAUUAUGUGUCUACUCUUUAAGGGCAUCUUCUCUGCCCCCCCCUUUUUCCUAGCAUUUCUAAAAAGAAAUGUUUCUUAAAAGUAAGAUUUCUGGAAAAGAACCUUAUUCCUAACUGUUCAAAUUCUUACCCUUUAGCAAGCAGCAGUUCACUAAUUGUCUCACUUGGUGGGGGAUAGGAGAGAGGCAUUUAAUCUGUAACUAUCACCAAAUUAAUUUUUAAUUUUUAACAGGAAGAUAGAAAUUUCUGGCUUUAUUUUAUCUGUUAAUUAGUAUAUUAUUAGCUGUCUGUCUUGAGAAAGAGUGUCUCAUUUGAGAAUUGAGGGAUUUUUAGUUAAGUUUUAGAGUUUCAGAAGACUAAUUAAGAGGUGGUAAAGUUAGGAGUUUUUUUCUGUUUGUUUUUUGGGGUGUUUUAUGCAUUCAUUAGCCACCCUUUUGAUGCAGGUUCCUUUAAGUGCCUUCUGUCAACAAAAAAGGAUGGCCAUUUUUUUUACUCAUUCUAAUUAAGAAUGUUUUCUAGUUUCUACUUCUUCCCACCAUCCCCAGGGUACUUUUGGCUUUUGAGUAAAUUUCAGAUGCUGUUAUUCCCUUGUUCUACAUCUUGUUUAAUUUACCUUGCCUGCAAUUUUCUUUGGAACCUCUUACAUUAUAAAAGGAAAGAGCUGGGCUAAUACUACCAUCUCAUGGAAAUGAGAGUAAACUGCAGUGGGAAAAUUGGUGUGCUGGCCUAAUUCUUAUGGAUGACUGUCUGAACAAAGUGCUAUUCAGACGAGAUAAUAUUAAUCCUCUUCAUUGUUUCCUAAUGAAUUACUGAAACCCUCUAUUGGAGAAAGACUUGACAUGGUGCUGAUUACUGUAGCCACCUUGAAAUACCCUUCCCUCUAAAAGGAGAUUUGCAUCCUAAUAAACCUCUUUCCAUUUUGAUCUGGAUUCCAGGGAUACUAUAGUGCUCAUCAUUGUUUAGGCUUGUAUAGCUUGUUUUUUGUAGUUCUAUUUUAAAUGAAAGUGCUGGUGAUUAUCAGAUAAUUGGGGCUGACAUCUAAUUUUGCCAGAAUUCUUAAUUGUUCAGCUGUUUUUGUAAGGGGAACUCUGAAAUUUUAAAACAUCAGUUGAUAUAUAUAGGUUUAGCUUAGAUUUUUUUUUGAAGAAUGUAUUUUAACCAACUGCCUAUCUUAUUAAUUUUUAAAUAUUUAUAAUACAGAAAUAUUUUGUACAAUUUCUGAAUGUAUUGUGAUAGCCAACAUAGGUUACACAUCUCCCUGAACGCUGUUUACCCUGAAAUAUAACUUAAAUAAAUGU